AUGGACGCCAGCGAUUUGUCUCUACUGGAUGCACUUACACAAGCGGCUACGGAUGUACUAGGCUCGAUCCCAGCGCAGCGGUGCAUUGUGUACAUCUACGACAAGGCUGCCAACUUAUUGAGACCUCAAGUCGUCGUGGACUGCCAUGACAAGGAGGAGACACUUGCACUAGACGACAAACCGACUGCCACUGGCAGUGAACCAUUAAAUGCAUCAAUUGAGCAGCCAGGUGAAGCGAGCAAGAGCAGUGCGGUUGGAUUUAGGAAAGAAAAUGUGGCCACAUCACCGCUGGUGAGUAUUCCUCCCGUUAUGGGGAUGGUUAGCUCCUGUUUCCUUCAGAGGCGAUGCCUACGCAUGGAAGAAUCCAAUCCGCAUCGCGCUUUCCAUCGUGACUAUGACGUGCCGAAAGACAUGCACGUGGAGUCGAUCCUAUGUGCCCCGGUCAUCCUGAGCCAUCGAGUGGCUGCAGUAAUUCAGCUCUUGAAUCGUUUAGAUACGACAGAGCGAUCCUCAACCCCGCAAGAUAUCAAGGACGAGCUUAGCACUGAAGUGAGACUGCAAAGGUUCAAAAGUGCCAACGGGAUGGUUGAAACAGGGUUUUCGAUCAAGGACGAGCAAAAGCUGAUGCAUUUUACAAUCCACAUCGCGCAAACCAUUGAAAUCAACACGAAGAGGGUGGCUAGCGUCCGCAAUCACGCAAAAAUCCGCGAGGACAAAGCAAAGCAGGCCAUGGAUCUCCUCAACGCUCUCAAUGGCACGGGUAUAGCCCAUGCUGACAAUACUGAGACUGAAAUGCUUCUGCCUACAGAAGUGGACGAGUUCACCGAUCACUCCACCUACAUGCGUCGCACUACCAUUACAAGACUACCGACUCAAGCAGGGGCGAUCAAGGACAUGUUAGGAGUGCUGGUUGUCGUUAUGCGCCUGCAAGCGAUGUUCAGGGGCAGACGUCAGCGAAGAGCGGAGAAGUUUGCAGAGGAGCUGGAGAAGUUUAGAAGACAACGCGAGCGGAUGAAAACGAUGAUAGCGAUGCGACGGAUAGUUCACACUCCCGAAGAACCCAAGCCAAGAGUGCAUAUAAACGAAAGGUUGUCGAUCAGCCAUCCAAAGGAGAUCCGCCAUCCAAAAGAGGACUCACCUCACUCCAAUCCGCGAGUCGACUCAGUCGAGUCUCGACUCGAGGAGCAAGAGAAGCUCUCUCAAUCCCAUCCCACUAGGUCACCUAGGCAGUCAGUGAGUUAUUCCGUGAGUACCCCAGCAUCACCACGUCCACCUCCACAGCAACCAGUGACUCCGCCGCGUCGAGUAUCAACCCCUCAAACUACGCAUAUCUUGAGAAGAAAAUCGAGCGCGACGAUCAUCCAAAAGGUUUUUCGUCACCACCAGCAACGACGUCGAGCAAUUACACGCGCAACUAUUGUAAAGCAAGUAGAGGCAUCCGAAAAAGUCGCCAGCGCUGUUAAGGUGCAGUCAUUCAUUCGAGGUAACCUGGUACGGAAGAGGAUCCGGAAAGCCUUGCUAGCUCGUCAAGGUCCACACAUCGUUUGCUUACGAGUUGCAUCGUGUUCAAGUGAAGUUGUAUCGAACCAAAACAACCACGAAAGCUCUCGCUCAACUACGUUACGACCCCAGACGUGCAUCUACCCAAUGCCGGAACGUCCAGGCAAAACUCCUCCUACUCCUCGGCGCACGCUAACCUCUAGUCAAAACCAAGAAAAUUUUUUGGAUGAAUACCAGUCACAGAAGAAGACACAAAGCGUUGCUGUUGAAUCGAGAAGACUUUUAGCGAUUCACAAGGGAGAUGGCACCUCAAGAUUGCAGAAACCCCCUACACGUCAAUCCAAGCCGCGUUGGGGCCGGUUAAUUCCAUCAGUCGUUUGGGCAACGUCUCCACACCCGACGCCGCCGGGUGUAGAGUUCGUCAAGCACGCCAAACGCCCAGAAAUGCAGAAUGACACCGUGAACUCACCUCGUGCCACAUCGAUGGCAAUCAUCAGCAAAGGCCAGAAAGGUAGCGGUAAAUCGACCAAGCCUAGCGUUCGGCUACCCCUUCUCGGUCCGCAGUUACAGCAGCGUGAAGCUGGAACGAGUUCGCUCUUGUGUUGCCUGCUACCGGCGCAACAAACGGGAGGGUUCGUGCCAACCUCUACCAGUUCGCUCAAAUAA